GCCGAAACCAUGGCUUUCUUUAUGAAAACUAUGAUAAGUAACCAGGUAAAGAAUUUAGGAUUUGGUGGUGGGUCUGAAGAAAAAAAAGAAGAAGGAGGUACUUCUGAUCCUGCAGCAGCUCAAGGGAUGACUAGAGAGGAAUACGAGGAAUAUCAAAAGCAAAUGAUUGAGGAGAAGAUGGAAAGAGAUGCUGCAUUUACACAAAAAAAGGCAGAGAGGGCCUGCCUGAGAGUUCACCUCCGAGAAAAGUACAGACUCCCAAAGAGUGAAAUGGAUGACAACCAAAUCCAGAUGGCUGGAGAUGACGUGGAUUUGCCCGAAGACCUCCGGAAAAUGGUCGAUGAGGAUCAAGAAGAGGAAGAAGAUAAGGAUUCUAUUCUUGGGCAGUUACAGAAUCUUCAGAACAUGGACUUGGACACCAUAAAAGAGAAAGCACAGGCCACCUUCACGGAAAUCAAGCAGACGGCGGAGCAGAAGUGUUCUGUGAUGUGA